ACCCGUGACCGGAAGCAUCCUCAAUUUUAUUUUUAUGUGCCCGGGUGGCUUUAGUCCGUUUGUCUCUUUGCUCUCUCUAGUUUCUCAAACUUCGAUUCAGCUCAAUCCCAGGAAAGGUUCAAUCCUUUCCCCCGCCAUCCUCUGUUGAAUUCCGACUGUCACUCCUGGCCGACGCCCGUGUCGCUCAGUUUCCGAUCAGGAUAUGGAGCACCAUGAUGAUGAAUCGCGGGCUGGAAGCGGCGAGCAUAAUGGCAAGCAGGACGAUGAGGAAGCUGUUGCUCGAUCUGAGGAAAUGAAGAAAUCAAUGGAGGCUAAAAUUGCCCUUCGUCGUAGUAAUCUGAAUCCGGAAAGGCCUGACUCAGGGUUCCUCAGGACAUUAGAUUCUAGCAUAAAACGCAACACAACAGUUAUUAAAAAAUUAAAGCAGAUUAAUGAAGAGCAGAGAGAAGGGCUGAUGGAGGACUUGCGAAACGUUAACCUUAGCAAGUUUGUUAGUGAGGCGGUGACAGCUAUAUGUGAUGCAAAACUCAGAAGUUCCGACAUACAAGCUGCAGUGCAGAUCUGCUCGUUGCUUCAUCAGCGCUACAAAGAUUUCUCCCCAAGCCUGGUACAAGGACUUUUGAAGGUCUACUUUCCUUCAAAAUCAGGCGAAGACUUGGAUACGGACAAGAAUUCCAAGGCCAUGAAAAAAAGGAGCACUUUGAAACUGCUUUUAGAACUUUAUUUUGUCGGCGUUCUAGAAGACUGCAGUGUCUUUAUCAGUAUAGUUAAAGAUCUUACUAGCUCAGAACACUUAAAGGAUCGGGAUGCUACUCAAACCAAUCUGACAUUGCUUGCUAGUUUUGCUCGGCAAGGGAGAGUGUUUUUAGGGCUUCCAUUCUCUGGACAUGAAAUUGAGGAAGAGUUUUUCAGAGGUCUUAAUAUCACGCCAGAACAGAGGAAAAUGUUCAGGAAGCCAUUUCAUGCUUAUCAUGAUGCUGUUUCAGAACUUCUUCAAUCUGAGCAUGCAUCCCUUCGCCAGAUGGAGCAUGAAAAUGCUAAGAUUUUGAAUGCUAAAGGGGAGCUGAGUGAUGAACAUGCCUCAUCAUAUGAGAAGCUAAGAAAAUCAUAUGACCAUUUAUAUCGCAAUGUUUCAUCAUUAGCUGAAGCCUUGGAUAUGCAACCCCCAGUAAUGCCAGAGGAUGCACACACAACGAGGGUUACUAGUGGGGAGGAUGCCUCGUCACCUGCUGCUGGCAAAGAAUCCUCUGUUCCUGAACCCCUGUGGGAUGAUGAAGAUACCAGAGCCUUCUACGAGUCCUUACCAGAUCUAAGGUUUUCCUCUCUACAAUGCUCAUGAUGUGACAGAGAACAUGCUGAUUUUAAUUUUUUUAAUGAAUUUGGGAGGAGACUUGAAACAUCUUACAUCUCAGGACAUUCUAUAUUUCCCUUUCAGAGCAUUCGUUCCUGCUGUUUUAUUGGGAGAGUCAGAAGGCAAAGCGAAUGAUCAAUCUGCAAAGACUCAAGAGCAGCCUGCUGAGUCAUCUCUGGAAGCUGAUCAAGGCCAACCCACACAAGAAACCAUUGAGAUUCCUGGUGAAUCUGGUAUUCUAAUUGACUCAAAAGUUCUGGAUAAGGGGAAGGAGAAAGAAGAGAAAGAUAAAAGUAAAGACACGGAGAAAGAGAAAGGCAAAGAUAAAGACGGUGAGAAGAAAGGUGAAAAUGAGAAGGAGAAGCUCAAAGGUGUUGAGGGGACAAAUUUGGAUGCUCUUCUGCAAAGGCUUCCUGGUUGUGUGAGCCGCGACUUAAUUGAUCAACUGACGGUAGAGUUCUGCUAUUUAAAUUCAAAGUCAAGCAGGAAAAAGCUUGUGAGGGCAUUGUUUAAUGUACCUCGUACAUCUUUGGAAUUGUUACCGUACUACUCACGCAUGGUUGCUACAUUGUCAACAUGCAUGAAGGAUGUGUCGUCCAUGCUCUUACAGAUGCUGGAGGAGGAGUUCAAUUUCUUAAUUAAUAAAAAGGAUCAAAUGAACAUCGAAACCAAGGUCAGGAAUAUAAGAUUUCUUGGAGAGUUAUGUAAGUUCAGGGUUGCACCAGCUGGCUUGGUUUUUAUUUGUUUGAAGGCCUGUUUAGAUGAAUUUACUCAUCACAAUAUUGAUGUUGCUUGCAAUCUUCUUGAGACCUGCGGCCGCUUCCUAUAUAGGUCUCCUGAAACCACUGUGCGCAUGGCCAACAUGUUGGAAAUACUCAUGCGCUUGAAAAAUGUGAAAAAUUUGGAUCCUAGACAUAGCACCCUUGUAGAAAAUGCUUACUAUCUGUGUAAACCACCUGAGAGAUCUGCACGGGUGUCUAAAGUCCGCCCUCCCCUGCAUCAAUACAUCCGAAAGUUACUGUUCUCGGAUCUGGAUAAGUCCUCCAUCGAGCGUGUGCUGCGACAACUCCGUAAAUUGCCAUGGAGUGAAUGUGAGGAUUAUCUAUUGAAAUGCUUUCUGAAGGUUCACCGGGGGAAGUAUGGGCAGAUUCACUUGAUUGCUUCUCUCACUGCCGGGCUAAGCCGCUAUCAUGAUGAGUUUGCAGUUGCUGUUGUCGAUGAGGUUUUGGAGGAGAUCAGAGUUGGCCUAGAAUUAAAUGACUAUGGGAUGCAGCAAAGACGCAUUGCACAUAUGCGCUUCUUGGGCGAGCUUUACAACUAUGAGCAUGUGGAUUCAUCAGUCAUUUUUGAGACUUUGUAUCUGAUUGUGGUAUUUGGUCAUGACACACCUGAGAGAGAUGUGCUGGAUCCACCUGAGGAUUGCUUCCGCAUUAGGAUGGUUAUCACUCUCCUUGAUACAUGUGGACACUACUUUGAUCGAGGUUCUUCAAGGAGGAAGCUUGAUCGAUUUUUGUUACACUUCCAGCGUUAUAUUCUCAGCAAAGGUUGCCUUCCUCUUGAUGUUGAGUUCGACUUACAGGAUUUAUUUGCUGAUUUGCGCCCUAACAUGAUCCGGUACUCAUCCGCUGAAGAAGUCAAUGCAGCUCUUCUAGAACAUGAAGAGAAUGAACGUCAUGUUUCGGAAAAGAAUCACAGCGAAAGACGGGAAAGGCGCUCUGAUACUGGGAAGCCUCCUGUCAGGACACUUUCCAACAAUGCCCCCUCUGCUAAUGGUCAAAGGCUUGUGAAUGGAGAUGACGAAAAUGGCGGGUUACAUGAGGAUGUUCUGGAUAGUGACACUGAUUCAGGUGGUAGUGGCACGAUUGAACAUGAUGACGAGAUAGAUGAAGAAACCCAUGAUGAUGAAGGUGGCACGGAUGAGGAUUAUGAUGACAGGGAUGCACCUGGUUCUGAUGAGGAUGAUGAAGUUCGUAUCAGACAAAAGGUAGCGAAUGUGGACCCCGAGGAGGAGGCCAGUUUUGAACAGGAGUUGAAGGCAGUAAUGCAGGAGAGCAUGGAGCAGCGGAGGCAGGACUUGCGUGGUCGACCAGCACUUAACAUGGUCAUACCGAUGAACUUGUUUGAGGGAUCAUCCACCAAGGAUCAUCAUUAUGGCAGAGGGGUUGGAGCUGAAAGUGGUGGCGGUGGUGAUGAAGUAUUGGAUGAGGAAGCUGGAGAAGGUGGCAAGGAGGUUAAAGUCAAAGUGCUUGUUAAGCGUGGCAACAAGCAACAGACGAAACAGAUGUAUAUUCCCAGUGAUUGCUCUCUCGUGCAGAGCACAAAACAAAUGGAAGCGGCUGAGUUAGAGGAGAAACAAGAUAUCAAGAGGUUUGUGUUGGAGUAUAAUGACAGGGAAGAAGAGGAGAACAAUGGCCUCGGGCCCCAGCAGACAUCAAACUGGAGCCCUAGCGGUGGUGGACAUGGCGGCAGAUCUGGCGGCCGAAGUGGGCCAUGGGAUGGAAGUGGUGGUGGAAGAGGUGUUGGAUCCCAACGUCAUAGGCAUAUUUAUCAUUCUGGCGGUGGAUUCUAUCAUGGAAGGCGAAGGUGAUUGAUGGAUCUUUCUCAGAGCAUUAGACCUUUGGCAGCAAGUGGUUAGAGAUCUUUUUGAUGAUUCAAAAGAACACAUAGCAUGAAGGUUGGAGCUUGGUAAGGUCAUGGUAUUUAGCUUGUCAAGAGAAGAAAGUGGACUUUGAAAGAAUCGAUAAUGACGGAUAGCUUUUGCAGCAAGCAGCAGCAAGAGGAGGAUUCGUCGCUGUUCUUCCGAACUAAUUUCGCUUGUAUAGUUGGAGGGGAGAAUUGUAACGAGAGAAGUUUCGAGACAGAAUUUGGAGUGGUUUAUCUGGCAAGGUAAUUGCAUGUACAGAACCAAGCCAAAAGCACCUACGAGUUUGGAGUCGUUACUGAUGGAUGCUGUCAUUUCUGUAAUGUUCGUGGUACAGCAUUUGUGUGAGGCCGAAAGCGUUCUAGCUGCUUGUUUUUUGGUUUGUGCGAAGAAACUAACAUCGUCAUCAGAAGCAGCGGCACUAUUAGCUACUACUUACUCCGUCGUCCUAAGAUCGUCACGUACGUAACGUAGACAGUAGCAGUAGAGGUUGCAGAAUAAUGUGUUGAAUCUGUCUUUCUGUGUUUUGUUCGAGGUGGUGGUGUCUAGAAAAGUUGUAAAGCAAUGCAGAUGAUGUUGUGGAUCCCAGUUAAUAUUCCUUUCUUCAGUCACAGAUACAGUUCCAGCACCUAAAGCAACAGCUGCAGGCUGGGAAAAGCAAUAUUUUUUUUUAUCUGUAACCAGGAAUCUGAUAUUCUAAAUCCCCCUCCCACUUUCUUUUAAUUUGUUGUUUCCAUUUCUGGCUUGUGACUGAAUGAAUUCGUAGAAAGCCAACUUACCACUUGGAGGAAAUGGCCAUUCAAGGGUGGAUGUCGGGCCCAAUAUUUUAUGUUGGCUUGUAAGACACCCCAUUUAUGGGAGUAAAAAAAAAUAGUAUGUAAAACCGGAUCGUAGGUUGGAUUGACUUUGUAAGAUAUUUUGUGAUGAAAUUAUGGUUUAAAUGUAUUUCAAUCACC